AAUACUAUCUUCACAGGCAACUCCUGAAGACCAGCCAAGGACCGUCCUGAGUACACCAUGUCUGUUUUGAAGCUCCUUGCCGCAGUGAUUCUUGACUACACUAACUUAACGACAGCUUUUCUGGCUGUCUUUGUGUUUUUGUUGAUCUACAAGAUGUUCAGGAGGCCCAGAAACCUGCCACCAGGACCCCGCCCAUGGCCCCUUUUCGGAAACCUGUUCAUUCUAAGCAGGGACAAGGCACACCUACAGUUCACAGAGUGGACCAACCAGUAUGGGAAUGUCUUCAUGAUCUACUACGGGCCCAAACCAGUCGUGGUUCUAAACGGAUAUGACACCAUACAGGAGGCUCUCAUCAACAAGGCAGAGGACUUUACAGACCGACCAGGGAUGAACAAUUCUCUAGGUAUUGCUUUUGCUCCCUAUGGUCCAUUUUGGAAGGAACAGCGUAAGUUCACCAUGGCAGGCCUGCGAGACUUUGGCUUCGGGAAGAGAAGCUUGGAGGGGAAAAUCCUGGAGGAGGCAGACGCUCUUGGAAGGGAGAUUGUAAAGACAGAAGGUAAACCGUUCAACAUCCUCUCUCUGUUGCGGAAGGCAGUGACCAACGUAGUAUGCUCAAUCGUGUUCGGGGCACGGCACGAAUACGAAGACCCUGCUUUCAAGACUUUCUUACAGCACGUGGACACCCAGUUUCGAACCUCAAUCGUCAUUGGUCAGUUAGCCAGGUUCCUCCGCCACCUCCCGGUACUGGGGCGAUCUGCUCGGACCUUACUCCAGGCAAAGGAAGCGAUGCGACAGUUCAUAAAACUGAAGGUCGACGAACAUCAACAAGACUUCGAACCAGAUGAUAUCCGGGACUUCGUGGAUCUCUACAUCCAAGAAAUGAGGCGCGGACAAAUGAGGCGCGGACAAAGAAAGAACUUCACUGACCAACAACUGGUGUACAUUGUUGUUGAUCUGAUAAUUGCUGGCACAGACACCACCGCCCAGAGUUUGUACUGGAUCCUCCUCUACAUGAUACUCUACCCUGAGCUACAGGAAAAAGCCCAGGAGGAAAUCUACCGUACGUUUGGGGACAGCGCUCCACCAACAACGGCCAAACGCCAGGAGGUUCCAUUCACGGAGGCCGUGGUUUGGGAAGUACAGAGGAUCAACAGUGUGGCCCCUUUAACCAUCCCUCGCUGUACGUCAAACGAUACGGUCAUGUAUGGCUACGACAUUCCCAGAGGCACCAUGGUGCAUGUGAACCUGUGGUCAGUACUGAGGGACCCCGGCCUAUGGGAGGAACCGGACCAGUUCAAACCGGAACGUUUCCUUGACAACCAAGGGCAGUGCGUCAAGAAAGAUGCCUUCAUACCAUUCUCAAUUGGUCGGCGAUAUUGCCUCGGCACUCAACUGGCCAAGAUGGAGCUGUUCAUGUUCACCACGUAUCUGCUGCAGCACUUCACCUUCAAGCUGCCAGAGGGCGAUCCUACACCAUCCACUGUGGGGAAGCUCGGCAUAUCCAAUGGAGCAAGGCCUUAUGAGCUGUGUGCUAUUCCAAAGUAG